GCUGCACACAAGCCCAACGCCUCACGGUGUUAGGGCACUUCGCGCUUUGCGUGUCUGGUGUGCGCGCCUACCUGUGCGCUUCUGGCGUCGCCUCUGUCACCAGCGCGUCCCGAGCAGGGGAAUAACGAAGACAAAAGACAUUUUCGAAAGAAGGACAGUGACCGGCCGCACGAGAAGCGCUUUUAAAUUCUUCCCUUAUUGUACAGUCCCUGGUGUUACCUUAGUUUUUGGUGGGAUUUUUUCAUUCUUUUCCCCACCAUCCUUCACACCCGCCCGGCGGAGGGACGUCGUCGUCGACAACAUGGGGCGAAACUGCGCUCGAAAUGCAGCCACUUCUCAGACGCUCUUUCAAGUGCUCCUGCUCUUUUCCGCCCUUCUCGGUGCCCUAGGUCAGCGGGUGAAGGUGGACCAGGAAGUUGUGUCGUACCCAGGUCAAACUGUCAAUUUGCGAUGUCAGUUUGCCGGUGACAAAGGGACGGAGCUUACGCAGGUGUCGUGGAUUUGGGAACCAACGGAAGGAAAGAGAGAGAACAUUGCUGUCUUCCACCCUUCGUACGGAGCCAGUUAUCCUACUUCCCCCUUGAAAGGAAGGGUUUCCUUCAUAAACCCUUCCCUGGACAACCCUUCCAUCAGCAUCGCAAAUGUGAAGAUGACGGAUGAGGGCCGGUACAUCUGUGAAUACGCUACCUACCCCACUGGAAACGAGCAGGGCACCACCUCCCUCGUCAUGCUUGCCAAGCCCAAAAACUUUGCUUCCGCGGUCACAGUAGCAGCAGGUGACAAACCUGUUGUGGUCGCUCAGUGCAACUCGACCAACGGCAGGCCAGCAGCGCAGAUCUCCUGGACGGCAGACGUCAAUGGCAAUGGGACCCAGGUGACGAGUCCGGGUACAGACAACACGGUGACUGUAGUCGGCCAGUACUGGCUCGCACCGACGCCUGCGGACAACGGCAAGGAUAUCAGUUGUAUCGUGAACCACCGCACUCAAGACUACCCUGAGAUCUUUAAUUUUAAACUCUCCGUUGAGUAUCCCCCGGUGUUGACGAUUGUGGGUUACGAUGACAACUGGUACAUGGGGCGCUCUUACGCCAAGCUCACCUGCCGCGCCGAUGGGAACCCUUCUCCCCCCUCCGUGAAGUGGAAAACGCUCUCGGGCCCGAUGCCAGAAACCGUGCAGGUCAAGGACAACGUUCUAAUCGUGCAGAAGGUGGAUGAAAAGGUGAACGUCACCUUUGUAUGCGAGGCAACGAACCACCUGGGGGUAGGAAGCCACCAGCUCAUACCUGUGGUCAGAGAAGCCCAGUCAGGCCCUUCGAAUGCGGGUGUCGUGGCAGGUGCCAUCAUCGGCGUUCUUCUGGCCCUCCUGUUGGUAGGGGUUCUGAUUGGCGUGCUGGUGAGCCGUAACCGCCGGCAACAGCAGGGCUACCGGGGCAAUGCCAACCAGGGUACCUACGACAUCAAGACCCGCAUCUUCGGGAGCAAGAAGACCAGUAAGAAUGGCACGGGGGGUAACAACAACGGGCCCAUCUACACUUAUCGGGAGAGUGACUCGGAGACCCUGACAGAGAAGUCCAACCACAUCAACCGCAAUGAUGGCAUCAUUACCACCACUCCCACCGCACAUGACAUCCUGCUGAGCGGAGAGAUGGAUGAGGCAGAGAGGAGGAAGUUCGAUGAGCUGGAGGACGGCGAGGAGGACGACCGGUACGUCCAUUUCAACACCACGCCGCCGGUACUCCAGAUCCGCCCCCAUGACGAAGAGAUGGGUGGCUACCUUGACGACGGCAUGGAGUCGCAAAGAGAUGGCUCGGUCAUCUCGCGGACUGCUGUCUACGUCUAGAGGCCACGACGCAUCGAAGAAGGGAAAGAGGAAAAGGAAGAGGACGUGGAAGAGGUCGACUAGCAUUCUUCCAGAGCAUUUCUGUGACUUGCAAACUCCUUCCCCCCACCCCCCCCUUUUAGAAAACGAAAUAUCACCUUUUAUUUUUUAGUAGUUUUAAAAAUGGAGGAGUCGAACGCACCCCGGAAGAGAGAUGGAUUAACAGAUUGGACGGAGUGUGUGACAUCUUGGGAUGCAAAUACCUGGAACACUUUGUCUCUACCAAAAAGUAGAGUCUUGCUCAAGCUGCUUGUUUCUUCCUUUUGUGUUUAAUUAACUUGGUGCGACUUAAAUCUUUGACACUACUGGAAAUAGGACAGAUGGUUGUAGAAGUUAUCGUCAGGGAGACGGCCCAUCAUUAAACACACUGCUUUCAGAGAUCACACUAAGCAAAUAGAAUAUUUCUGGCCACUUGUUGUAAGGGGUAGGAACGGAUUUUGUUCCGUGUACAUUGUAUGUCGUCGUAGUUUAGAGGAGACGCGGAAUGCACUGUGCUGGUUUUCUCCGCCUGCGAGGUGAGAAAGUGGGAAAUGCGGCAAAGGUUAAAGUGGCGAGGAGUGAUGGAGAAGGGCGAUCCUUGUCUGAGCUCAAAAUCUGUUCCUCCCGAAUGAUGUAACAUGGAAUUUGAUCUGUAAUGAGGCGUGAAAUCGUUCGAGUUUUCAAAGGCGAACAGAUUGUCUCCGCUGAUCGGUCGCGACACGACGGUGGGCUGAAUCCGUUUAUUGCCGUGAUUUAUUUUUGUCUGUCAGAUUUCAGGGAUACACCGAGGCACGCGGGUUUAUGCGCCCAUGUCAGCGUAUUUAUAGCGGCGCCGGAUCAAGUUAGGAAACGGUUAGCCUCGCCACACGUCCUUCGCUUGUGCAGGAAAUUGGUUUUGUCCUUUCUAACACAGCUUGAGACUGUCCAUCUCAGACCUGUUUUACCCGGUGACGCGUGUUCAUCUGAAGCCGUUUUCCGUACGGCUGCCCAUUAGCUAUCGCUCAGCGCAAUUAGGGAUACUUGUGAUUAUUUGGAGGUGUUUGCUAGUCAUGUUCUUCCAAGCGUUCGGUGAUUUGCAGUUUUUUUUAUGUUUUUUAUUUUUUUCUUUUUCCUUGAAGUGAAUGGUUUAGAGGGUAAAAUCUGCAUUCGCGCAGUGGCUCGACUUUUACUCUGAGCCGUGACCCACGUAGCUCCUUUGCUGUAGACGGUGCGACGCCAGUGACCACAGGGGCUACUGGCGUUUCUCCUCCUUCCCCGACUCCACGUGGAGCAUGGAGUUUGUUCGUCCGUUCGCUCGAGGCCGCGUCCGUGAGGGGCGUUUCGGCCCCGGAUCGCGUCCGUGACGUGCGUCCCACGUGUGUUACGGUAGCGCGGACGGGCGCCGCUCAAUCGUCAAGCGUUCUGUACUGUAUAUAGCACGUCCCGUGAUCUUGUCACCACUGCCGCAUAAGCAUGUCACGGAUUUGCACAUUGCUGUUCAACAAAGAUCAUUUUUUUCUUAAACACUGUGUGAAAGACUUCUUUUAAAGAAAUGCUAAUGAUAUUCUUCAGUGACAGUUAUAUGUAUAUCUUAGCGUAAGGUAUUCAUAUACAGUGUACUUAGCAUAAUUAAUCUUCGGCAAUUAAUUUGAGAGGUUAAAUAUUGUGUGUAAGUAACAGAUUUAUAGAUUAAAUAUUGUAGUUUUGCAGCUGCGGUGAGUGUUUUUGAUCAGCUCCAGCUGUUUCCAUUCGAAACGCGCCAAACCCACAAGAUGAACGCUCUCGUUUUACGAAGCGGCCGAUUACGAGACGUACUCGGGGUUUCGCGGUAACUCUUAGCUGCGAGAACAACUGGAUCCGAGAGGUCCGUAAGCAGUCCGCUCCCACCCCUCCGCGCUCGAGUUCGAACGCUCGAUCCCGUUUUUGCGCCGACGCCUUCGGUCUGCCGGACUCGCGACCGCGCUGCUGACGUUCUUGUCGCGGCCGCCCGGCCCCUCGUCGCAGUAGCUCACUUUGUGUAGUGCCUCUUCAAAAGAACACGAGAUUUGCCAAACCCCUGUCCUCACCUUCCCUUCCACACCUCUGCUUCCUGCCCCCAACCCCCACCCGGCCCCAUCCCCGACCCACAAUCCCCUUCUACAGUUUUUGGUUUUGGUUCCCCUGAGCAAAGCCUUAAUACCACGGUCGUCUUCGCAGUUACUUCCCGUGUACAUAAUAUAAAUACUGUGUAUAUAUAUAUUAAACAACAUGACUAAUUUAUGGUGUCACAUGUUUGUGUGUAUCUUCCAGCUGCAAGCAUGAAGGAUUUUUCUAAUUUGUCAGUUCCUUUCCACUUUUUUUUCCUUUUUAGUGUUUUUAUAAUUUAUAUGGUUGAGUGCUAUAACAGCUGCUUCUCUACAAUUAUUUUCCUGUUAAAUAUGAAAUAGUGCUCCUACUGUUUUAAAAAAAAAAUGAAUGAAAAAAGUUGCACACUCAAGCUUCUGCUGCAAUGUGUAUCCUUAAUCACUGUGUAACCUUUUUUUUUCUUUUUUUUUCUUCCCUCUUUUUAAUUAAAUGAUCUCUUUCGGCAGUCAGACCUGUGGUCCCCGUUUGUCAUGUCGCUUUAUUGUGUUUGGUUGGAAUUAAAGUGUUUUGGAAUUUUAA